AUGUCGUCGAAUAGUACCCAUAGGCUUGGGCUGGCAAUUGUAACUUGGUUCACUAUACAAAAUUGCUGUCAAGCUUUUGUGAGUGUUUCAUGUAUUCAACUCAUUCAGUAUCUGCUGGCUGAGUAUCACGAUGUUCCUAGGAGCGAGGUCGGUCGUCGUGUUGCAGUGGUUUGUGCCCAAUCAUGCAUUCUUCAGUAUUUGCUGUCUGUAUGUUCGGUUCCCUUUCAUAGCCGUGCAAUGAAACGCUUCGGAAACAUUUUUACGCUGUUUUCCACAUGGAUUGGCUUCCAAUUGUUCUUUGGCAUAUCGUUGUUUGCGCUGAAACAGACUCAGCUGGCCAAGUAUUUGGCAUAUGUAUACAUCUUUGGUAUUGCUAUUACGUUGGGCAGUCUGGGUAUGGGCCCCUCAUUGAAUACAGCUUGGAGAAACACUGCUGUGCAGUUUCACCUGGGCAGCGGGUUCACCAUCAUGAUGAGCUUUUCUCCUUUUGUGUCAACGUUUGCCGGCUCGUUCAUCGGUUCGGGCAUACUGAUGCGUUGGAAUUUGCAUGCACUGUACAUGUUGACAUGGUCACUCCAUCUCUUCGACGGUGGCUUUUUGCUAUACAUUCGUAAAAAGUUCAACGAAUGCACACGAGAACUAAUGGCCGAAGGCGCAUUAUUGACCUCAAAAGAGGAAGAAGAAGAAGAAGAAGAAGAACAGGGAAAUGGUGAUAACGCUGUGACACAGCCAGCGGCUGAACAUCACGUACUUGUUACUCUUGAGUCUGAUGAAAGUCUGGGCGAAAAUACGAGAUCAACCCGACUUCCUGUCACCCAAAUCUUAAUUCUCGCAGAGUUCUUUUUCUUCGUGUUGUUUACCUCUUUCUCUGAACAAUUCGUGCAGUACGAGCUUGAUGUUCUGUCUUUCUCUCUCGUAAAAGCCGGAUUCAUUAACGGCGUUCAAUCGUUGGGCGCACUCACUGGCGCAUUGUAUACAACAAUGUAUCUCAGGAAUGCGUCCUCAGAAGUACUCUUACGAACUACGACGUUCUGUUUUGCCGUACAAAUGCUCGGUAGCGUCGGCUUGGCUUGGAAUCACUGGGGCACCUUAUUCUCAGGCGUCUUUUCUCUUGGACUUGCACUCGCUAUCGGACCAACCGUUGUGAAUCUUUUAAUCGUGCACUACUUUUCUGAAGCUCAAAGUGUACGGAUGUUGCGUGCGAUGGCAUGGCUUGAGGGAUUGGGAAUCUUUUCUUCAUACAUGGUGUUUGCAUCCGUAUAUCUAAUUACAAGCACUACCGUUCCAACUGCGUUCUUUUUGCUUCCGUUCUGUCUUGCACUUGUUGGUGUGCUAAUUAGUAUGAAGCCUGCCUAUGAUGCUCGACAAGUUGGUUAUGUUUAA